AUGGCUGCCGUGGUCCAGCGCGGGACGCACGGAAGAGGCGGCGGCGCAUGCGGCGCUCAGUGGCUCGGCUGGCUCCGGGACGGCGUGGGACACCGGCGCUGCGACGUUGGUGCGCGCGCGGGGAAGGAGUGCGCGGCCCGGCGGGGGCGACCACGGCGCAGCAAGCUCCUCGGCACCGGCGGCAUGGAGAGGUACUGUGACCACGGCCCAGCACACGCAUGCCCCAGCUCCCGGUACAGGGCGUCACUAGGCAUUCCUCCUGAGCCAGCAGCUGCUCCAGGGUUGGCCAAGUCCAUCGCCGUGGCCAUAUCUUACAAGUCAGACGCCUCAAAAAUGGCUAGCGAGACCAAACAACAGGAGCACUAUCCACGCUGCGGGCGGCUGAGCUCCAUGGAUCUGCCCCAACAACGGUCGUGGGAACACGCACAACCAGACCAGACCUUCUGCACCGCUCACUGGCCCCACCUGCGUGCUGAGCUCCGGGAGGCUGACAACUCGUCGGGGGGGGAGCUCGCUGGCGCCGUGGGCGUGGAGGAGACGAGGCGGCUUGCGUUGAGGGAGGCGGGGGGAGGUAUGAGCCUGGGCAGGUGA